CUUCCCGUUGCAGUUGUCGUUUGUCGACUGCGGGGUCGGAGUUCAUUGUGCCACAAGUGCAUUCCCGAGUGGCCGGCAACGCCAAUUGCUCGUUACGAACGUGAAGCCAGUUGUGAAUCGGUCUGUGAAAGCGGCGGUGACGUCUCUCUUCUGUUCCCUUUCGUUCCGCGCACGGGAUCCCUUUCCCGCACGGGAUCGACGACGAUCUUCGUUGGUUUUGUAUUUUUCUUUUUUUUCUUAUCCCGACCAGUGCACCGUUACGUAAUGAUCGUCCCGUCGCGCUGAAAAUUUCAGUGCCGCGUCACUGUGAAAGCGGAGCCGCUUGUAAAUUUGCAAUCUUCGUGUGACAAGUUCUUCGGUGGAGCGACAGAGACAGGCCGCCCAGACCGGCAGAAUUCUGCACGCUUCCGGCGGCUAAAGAAUGACACACGAGACGACGCCGGCGUCCCUGCAGGAUGUUUAAAGUUUUGUCGUUCUAGAGAAUCGCUUGCAAACCCGACACUUCGGCCAGUUAUCGUAACUGAUGUCACAGGUGAUCCAGAUUCCGUUGAAAUGAGCACCGAGAGGAUCUAUCUGCUGAGCUUCCUACUGGCCGUGUCUUCCUCCAGAGUGCUCUCAACAGAUGGCAUCUGCUCUCGAAUAAAAACUUACACGGUCACGUCGAUGGAAAGGUAUACUGAGCCGGUUACCGUGGACACGUUCACCUGGUGCCUGCAGAUACCGCCCAGGUGCUUGAAGACGCGGACCGUGAUGAGGGAACGUUACCGGCUAAAGACGGAGCCGAGGACGAAGACCGUGAGCAGGUGCUGCGAAGGCUACCAAAGGAUACCAUCCGGCGGCGAGGAGAACGGCAUCAAGUGCAUGCCGCUUUGCGAAAAGUGUUUCGUCGGUGUUUGCGUCUCCCCGAACAAGUGCCAGUGCAGUCCCGGCUUUAUCGGAGAGGUCUGCGCUACCAUGUGUCAGGCGGGUACGUGGGGCCCGCAAUGCAAAGAGAAAUGUGACUGCGGGGAGGGCAUAGCCUGCGAUCCCACAAAUGGCCACUGUCCGUGCCCGCGAGGAUUACGUGGACUAAGCUGCAACGAGACCUGUCCGGUAGGCCGUUGGGGGCCGAAAUGCCUGUUUCCGUGCCUCUGCGACAACGCAGAUAACAGGUGUGAGCCGGAAACCGGCCGAUGCGCCAAGAUCACGUCGGGGAACGUUUACGAAACGUUUACGACGGACGAGUCAGCGAACGCCACGUCCAUCGAAGACGAAGGACGUUCGACGGCUCCAGAAACGACAGAAACCCCAACGGAAGCGACCGCCGCCUCGACCCCGGAUCACCUGAAAACUAGGGCGCAGCCGACCGAAGACGGGAACUCGAGCACCACCGGUCCCGUGAUCGUCUUGGUUUCUGUUCCCGAGUGGAGGCGGAAGUUGGAGAAGGAUCGCGACAAGUUCGCGUUGAAGAACCCGUUCCUCAGGCACGCUGAGGACAGCAACCAUAUGCACGAGAUGCCGUCGUCGAAGACGGAUUACGUGAAAAAUAUUCAUAAAGAUGCGAUGCACCUGUUGUCAAUCCCUCUGGACAUCGCUCUGAUCGUGGUAGCUUCGAUCAUAUUCCUCGGCCUGACGUCCGUGGCAGUGGUGAUGGUCCUCCACAUGCGGUCGAAGCUCUUCGAAUCGGCUAGACUCUCGAUCUACGAGGUAGAGAAGACGAGGAACCGAGAAAACACGGGCACAAUCGAUAAAAGGAACACCUCCAUAGUCACCAGUACUUUGUCCCAAUCCCCGGUGACCGUGAGUCCAGCGUAUCUCGCGACUACUCCGGACGCUGGGACCAUUCUAACAAUACCGAACUUGGAUCCCGCGAGCAUCUACGCCAAUGGUGCUGCCACCAUCGGUCUUCGCAUAUCUGACAGUCUGCGCGAUUUCCUGCAGGACGACCACUAUGACCGACCCCCAUCAACCCGUGUGCGUCUGCAGACGUUCAGCUGCGACCCGACCACGGAGCACAUAUACGACGAGAUCCCGCUGCAAUCGAGCCCCAUGUGUUCUCGUAAGAGCACAUGAUCGAGAUACAUGUACAUACCCGGCCUGUGUAGACCAUGGGUGUUCAAAUAUUUGGUUUGUCUGGACCACAAGGAGAGAAGAACAAAUUGUCUUUGAAGACGUGCAACAAGUGUUUGCAAAAGUUUCCAUGAUAUUUUGCUCUCAUUAACCGAAUCCGCGGUACGCGUAUGCGUGGCUCAGAACAAUAGUAGCCGAACUCUUAUUUCUGAGCUGGCUCAAAGUUAAACUUUAAGGUUUCGAAUACCUAAUACUACAUUAACGUAUCACAUUACUAACAUAUAAACUAUAAUACUAUAUUACAGUACUAACAAUAAUACAAUAAACACCCAAAUUUUAAUAUUGAACACUAAAGCUUCGAAGAAUUGAGCUUUACAGAACUCUAGACCGUCAAGACUCUUUAAUGUUAGGCCUUGAAGCCAAAGACUUGCAAUGUUGAACCCUGAAGCUUCGAGAAUGAAAGAACUUUAAACUCUGAAAAAGCCAGAAUCUAAAGUUGACACUUGAAGCUUCGAGAACACUAUGUAGAACAGUAAUAACCUUAUGGGACCUGAUCUAGACAAAGACCGACAGGAAUCCAGCGUGUUCGAUUGAUCCGUUAAGAAAGCAGCGGUCGGAGUGGCGUCGUGGAUACUGUUCAUGUGUUUCUACCGGCGGGGCCGGUUUCGCGGAAGAGUGGCGAGGAAAACUGUCGCGCCAGAGGCGUUCGCGUGCCAUUGUUCCACUCACGAUCUCUCACGUGUGCGCGAUUCCGGAGGCGGAUGUGAGAGAGCUGGCUCGUCUACGGGGGCCGGGAAAAAUCCAACCGGACUGGUUCCCGACCUUACGCGCUAGGACUCGUCCACCGUUGCAAGGCUGAACGUGACACUACGAUCGGUACAGUCGUCGCCAAGAUAUCGCGAGAUCGUGAAACCGAUCGAGCAUUAAAUUAAACAUGUUCCGAGCGGCGGGAUAAAGCAAUUGACUGCCCCAGCGCCUGCAACAUCAACUACUACCGACUCUGAAGAUUAGUAUCCUGCUUUAACUAGACUGCCACGAGAAUUCUCAGCGUUUUGUAUACUAUUAUUUAUUUUUUUAUAGAAGAACAGAUAAGUGAUAAAGAUAAUAAUUAAACAUUCUGUAUCGGUGUUGUUAUGUUACACUGUUAUUUAAUUACUUACUUUACUAGUAUUUCUAUUCGACAUCAAUUAUCCCAUUGUAAUUGCCCUGAAGCAAUUUGCAAGCUCCGGUUGGUCAUCAAACUUUCUUAACGACUAUGCUACUCAUUAUUAGAUUCAUUUUACUAUUAGCAUAAGAACUAAUUUUCUCUUGGAAUGAAGUAUUGAUAAAGACAAAGUGAGUCUUCACGUCGAUCCACAUAGAAUGGAUCCACAUUCAUUCUUAUUAGACUUAACUAGAAAUAUUUAUCACGGAUCUCACUCGUCAUAAUACGGUAAGGGGUUGAUUUAGUGUCUUGCUGUACCGUGGCGACGACUAUAUUCACGCCGUCACCGAGAUCGCUCGAUCUCGCGUACCGGCCUGGAAAGUUUCGCCUCGCGGACGUUCGGCCGUGCCAAGCGUACACGCGGCGCUCGGUCGGCAGAAAAACGGACACCGAUUAGAUUACACGCCGGGGCGUGUUCUUACAGGCAAGACAACUUUUCCCCAGGCGACGUUGACGUCAACGUGGCCAUCGAGCCCCCCGGUGAGCUCACGUCAGCCAUGAACACGCGAGACCUCGCGGUCUCGGCGUUCCCUCGAUUCUAUCGCGGCGCCACCGCCAUUUUGGUACCCGGCGGAUGUUGGAUGGCUGGGAACAUUGUUUCAUUGAAUAGUCAUUCAACGUAUGUCCUCGGAAUUCUUUGAGCUCCGACAUUAUGAGAUUCUUAGGAUUCUCGAGUAUUUUGGUAUUUGUUAACCAUUCGCCUUAUAAUUUAUUUCGAAAGUUUUAUUGUAUGGGAUUCAUCGCAAAUUAUUUCGUUUGUCAAAGCAUUUUGCUGGUGAUCUUUUGUUAGAAGAAAAGGGGAUUCUCUGCUCUUGCUUCUAUGAACGGAAAAUUCUAAUGAAACCGAAAUAUGUUUUGAUUAACUUCGUAUUUUGCACGUUCUUUUUUCUAUAAACGCACGAAGAUGCGCAGUCUGUUGAUAACAAGAGAAUAGUAUUUCAUUUCGACGUAAAAAGAUUGAGUAAUAUUCGUGUUUAUUAAAUAGAAUUUGAGUCACUAUGAGUCCGAUAUGAGAUUAGAGGGCAAGGGGUUAAAUAUACAGUUCUUUAUGAUUGAAAGCAAUUCUAAGUAGCAUUAAACUACAAAGAAAAAUGAUCUUUACCCGCCACUGUUACGACUGACUUUAUUCGUUGAAAUUGUACGGAAAGGUAUAAAAAAGUGUGCUUUGAGAGUGUUCAAAUGAUGGUUUAUGAAUUGAUAAUUCACAUAACAUGCCGGGCACGCCAAUAUGGCGGACUCUUUUAUUCGCAGAUUAUUUUCCUACACACGAAACGCUGGAAAUGAUCGAUCGCCGCAAAUAAGAUCUACAGAGUUCCGCUCGUACUUUAAUUAAAUCGGACAGCCUUGAUUGGGAAAGAAUCUACCGUACUAUUUUAACAUUUCCCCGGGUUCUAUAGCGUUUCUAUAUAUAAAUCCGAUAAAAGGCGGCUGUCUGAAAUUAUCCAUGGAGUCAUGAACUUUAUGAAUGGAUAGCUCAAGAUAUCAGAGGCUAGAAAAGUAGAACGCGUGGCGUGAAUUAAGCUGUCAGCGGCCCGAAGAUUACAUGGGUCCGUAACACGGUUCUACGUUCACGAAGAUCGAAGAUCAGAUAAAUCCUACAUUAGUCGGAAAAUAUUUGACGAGCUUACUUAACAGAUUGCUCACGGAUUGAUCCUAAUUAAUAUACCUACGGCUAAAAGCUCUUCCAUCUUCUGUCUGCUAUACACAAGUAAAGGUUGCAACACAAUAUUCAAUUCAAUCGCAAGUGACAAAGAAUUAUUCACUUCGAUUAUAAGAGACGAAAAAUUGCGAAAUAAUUCGAUUCAACUAUACUUUUAUACCAAAUUAUAAUGCUCAAAGAUACGCCAUGUAUCGAUCGCAACGACGAAUCGGCUGAUAAUACACAUGCAAGAGAUACGAAAUUUGCGAACGCCCAUUUGAAACAACAGCUACAACAAUUAUAAAUUACGUAUGUACGGUGACGCAACUUGAUCGACAACCACCGCGUAUGAAUCAUCCCUAGAUCAUCGCGGAAAACUUACCAAAGAUGCAAACGAUGCCAAAGAGAUUCAACGGAUCGAGUCAUCGCCGGAACCGUUCGUCUUCGGAUCGUGUCCGAAGUCUGCACUAAACGUCCGCGUGUAUCGGCGGCCGCGCGAUAACCGGAGAGUCGCGUUCGCAGCUCGAGGCUGCACUUACUGUGUUGACAUCAUCGAUAAUAAUAAAAUCGUAACGAAUCUUCUGAGGCUUCGCGGUCCAUCUUCGUCGAGCGAGGAAAAAGAAACGGAAAGGAAAACAGCUUCGAUCCGGACUCGCAAUUCGCUGUUUGUAUGUCGAUAAUCGAAGAGUUCGCGUGGAAAACAUUCUAAGUGGCACAACUGUAAAGUUUCCUUUUUCUAUUCUUAUCCUGUAAUAUACAAUUUAAGUGCAUUUUCCCUUUUGUAAAUAGACAUGAAUAGUAGCAGUCAACCAUGAUAUUGAUAAUAUUGAACGAUGGUAUCAGUAUGACAGAAUGUUCAGCGUAAUGUUAGGUAACUUAUAAAGGUGUGCGAGGAAAACAAUCGGAUUUAAGUAGAAGUAAAUUUAUUUAUAAGUUUGAGUAAAAGGAAAAUAAUAGAUGGAGUAAAAUGUAAUAAAAUAUAAUGUAAUAUUAUUUGGUUAUUAUUCUUGCUCCACAUUCUGUCCUUUAUAAUUUUAAAAAGAUAUCCAACUCGAUAUUUUCGAAUUCUGGCACAUUGCUACUUUGUUCCUCCUCUUGAAAAAUGUGAUGUUGAGACUUACUAAUUUUUCUACAAAUUGAUACCUUUCUAAAUGAAUUUUAAUAAAUUCAACUCGAUACU